AUGUGGAAGCGCGCUUCAACGAUGAAUAAGGCCAUCGUGGUGACCAGGUGCGGCAAACUCCAUAUUUUCCCAGUGUUUUUCCUGACUACCAGGCGUAGUGUCUCGCGCAGCAUCAAGGCUUUUUCCUCCUCAUCUACUUCUGCCGGUGAGCAGCUUAGAUGGGGCGCCAUAAAAUCCAAAGGUGGCACAAAUAACGCCGGCUCUGGUCCCUUUGGCUCAAGUGCUGGUGGCGACUCACGCUUUGUGCGACGAAAACCAGGUCAGGUCGCGCCGGAGACGAUACAAGUUGACUUCGGUGAAGCAACAGGUGCCCUUUUUGAUCGCAUUGAAAAGGGCGUGGCAGGCAUGCAAGAGCUCAACGACUUCUUUGUGGUAAAUCGACAAAAUAAAGUCGAACUGGUGAUUGACUUGGGUCCGGGCAAGGGUGCUUUCACCUUGCAAAGAGACUGGGCUCACAAUCAGCUGGUCUAUCUCUCGCCAGUGUCCGGAUGCAACAAGUACGAGUACGAGCAAGCCGGAAGGAGGUGGCUGAGCAUUGCCGAGGAUAAACACGAUCUGACAGGCAUUUUGACGCGGGACUUGAUCCGGAUGUGUGUAGGCUGUCCAGAACUAUAA